AUGAGUGCACUCCCCGGCAAACCACUCCCCGCCAAACCACUCCCCGUCAAACCACUCCCCGGCAAACCCCUCCCCCGGAAGACACUAGAAUACGCGAUCAACCACGUCUUUCUGCCUCCUAAAACUCCUCAGGAUGGCGAGGCCAACACCCGGGAGGAACACAACCUUGCCAGAUUCCUCCUUGAAUCAACUGUCCAAUUCUCUCAGCGAUGUUCGACGGCGGAAUCCGAACAGCUUCAGCCCGUUGUCCGGAUGCUCAAGCGGUUGGUCAAGGUGACUCCCGGCAUGGAUAGCAGCACCAAGAAAGGUGCCAUGAAGAGUGUCAUCCAAGAACUAAAGAAUGGCGAAUCCGCGUUGUUCCACAUCCGCGCUCAGAAUGCCGGCCUUCUCCUGACCGGGCAACAAGAUGAUAUCUUGGUAGAGGCUUUCGAGCUUCUGGCACCCAAUAAGGACGUCAUGUCCCACCAAGGUCGCCUCAACCGACAAUUCCCUGACUGCGCGGCCGCCGUGGAGCGCAAGAUCAUGCUCAAUUCCGACUUCCUCGACGAGUUUAUUAACGUGCUUUAUCGGCUGGAACUUCAGGCGUCAUCCCUGACUCGCCCAAAGACCUGGAAAUCUGGCCGCGACUUCGACGAAGAGCGCGACACUGUCUCUCCGUUUCUUGUCACCGACAUGGUGAUUGGAACCCUCGGGGGGCUCGGCCGGACCGUUGCCCCGACGCGUGUUUCCAUGAGAAGCCGAGAGCAAGUGAGCUGGGACAGUGCGCUGCUGCCAUUCCAUCGAUCGUCAACAUGGCUGCUUCUUCGGGUGGGCUUGCGCUUGGUAUUGGAUCGAGCCGCUGCCCACGAUGCACAAUCGCUGCUGUACAAGGCAGUCAUAGCUUUCCACCAUGCCCAUCUGUUACAUCAAGCUACACUGCUUGGUUUGGACAGCGACAUUCGAUACACCAUGGCCGCAAAGCUCGUCCGACGACUCACCAAGCUCAACCCCCAAGAAAACCUUCCUUGGGUGAAGGCUAUCAGGGAUGUCAUCGCAGCGAACCAUGACGUGCUCCAGGAACGAUGGAAGCAAACCCAGAUUGAACAUGAAACAAGCCAAGCCAAGCACCUCAAACAACUCUGCUUCAAUUCGGACACCAACCUCCGGCUCGGGACGCUGGGCCCGCACUUGACCUGGUUGCAAUCCCGAUCUAUGGACAAGGCAGGUACAGCUGGGCCUGGGGAUCAGACGAAGUCUUUUGUGUUUUUAGAACAUGACUUGCCGGCCAGCAAAGCCUAUCUCAAAAACCCAGAAGCCCUUUCUCUGAUGUACCUAAACCUCAUGGAUCUUUGGGUUGCCAUGGACAAGGUCGCCGGGGACGCUGUCCCUCUCCUUCUCGAGUACGACCCAGGUUUCAAAUCCGGCCCUUUUCAGUCCCUGAUUCUACCAACCCACAGGCAAAUGGCCAGGCUGCACGACAUUGAGGCAUACCUUUCCGACAGGGGACGCGGCGUGAAAGCGACCCGCCACGGUUACCUUCCAACAUACGCGGAGUUUGGGCGGCCAGAAUCAUUUGCCGUCCGCUACUUCAACUCAUCCUCUGAGCAUCAAUUGCUCUUGAAGCGGAUUGAAGAUGAAUCGAAGCAAGCCGAGGCUAAGAGGAUCGAACAGUAUCAUAAACUCAGCAGAAAACAUGAGGACCUGGCGCUCAAGUGUUCCCUUGCCACGCAUGACGAGGAGUGGGACCCUCGUACAUAUCGGACCAUCCACGCUGAGGACUGCGAAGCCUGCCGCCUGACACGGCAGAAAGAUGCGUUGAAGCUUGACAUUUUCGAGUGGCCUUUGCCCUCGAAUCCAAAUAUGGCCAAGGCGAUCGUGUUCGAGAUACGCGUCCCGAAAAUGGUCAGCAUCUGGCGGGACCUGACUAGCCACCUCUUUCUCAACGUGUUCCGAGACCCUGGGACUUUGCCAGGCGCAGAACGGCUUUGGUUCGCGGCAGCCCAUUCGGGUCUGAGCAAGUUCCGCCCCGUGACGAGUAUGGUACAGCUGGCCGCUACCACCAAGCCCGUUGAGGCAUCCCAUUACCGCGGCAAACACAUCAGCACCAUCCAGAGUGAGGCUAAGGUCUCGGCGUGCCUUGAGGCAGGGCCUUUUGAUAGCAGCGGCUCGGUUCUCCGGGAAGCACACGCAGAUCUCUUUCAUGACGACUUCGUGCGCCGCAUCACCGCGGCUCUGGGUGAUGCUCUCGGCCGGUUCCGCGAGAACUGGCAAAACGAUAUUGCCGUGAGCCUCCUGGCAUGCCUCGCAACGCGGGUUUUAGCACUCGCCACCACCACGCGCCCGCUCAUGGACCCCCUUCUGGAGUUCCUGUCUCAAGCCAGGGAAGUGACACUUCAGUGGGCCAGGCAACUACUCGAAAAGCAGGCAAGUUGCAGCAACAAGGACGACCGGAACGAGUUGGACCAGCGGGUGUUGAUGGUGGCACUGACUUGCAUGUCCACAUUUGACGUCCACUCUGAUCUUCUGCGAGAGCUUCUCCAAUCGGCAGAGAACCUUGGGACUUUUGUGGAAACGGCCACCAUGAUUCAGGACCAUCUGCCGCCUAAUGGGUCCAUCUCAAAUCCCAUUUUGCUUCUACUAUCGCACCGUUGGCGCAGGAUUAUGCACCGGUCGUUGGGCUAUGCCUCGAAUGAAGUUGUUCAGAAAAAGAACCCCGGUUUUCAUGCAGCCAUUCGGCGGUUCUGGGCAGACUACUCGCCGUCGGGCACUCGGUGGCGCGCUCUUCCGGGCGAACAGCGCCACAUUCUGUCCGCUUCGAUGAAGUCGCGAGACAGCAAUACCAUGAGAAUCACAUACAAUCUUCUGGACGGCCGCCUGCUAGUCAACGGAUAUCCUCUCUCCCGCUUACCCCCCGAGUACGAGUCAAAGCCAGCCUACGAAGAGCUCUUCGGGUCACAGGUUCUGGAAGUCAUGCCCUCAACCCGAGAGGGUAUGCAAUUCUCUGCGUGCCGCGACCAGCAGGGCUGGGUGGUGCACUUCACUCUAGUCUCCAACGAGCUUGUCGUUCAGGCUGUCCGAAGUAAGCAGGCAAGUUCUGUUGAAGACGACCCGAACACCGAGGUCUACGAAUUUAUCCCUUCUUGGAAACUGCAUGGUGACGUCCCGGCAACCUUCAUUCGCGAUUACUCCCACUGGGUAAAUCUUUCCACGGGGGUCGUCGAAUUUCGACGUGCGGAUCAGCCUUGGGUGUCUUCCCCUGACGGCGACAACUGGAUCUUGACCCGGGCUGGAGGCCGUAAAGCUCUCUCGCGGCACGGUUGUUACCUUAUCGAUCCUCACAGUUCAACUGCAGAGGCACUCUUAUCCCGCUUAAGCCCCAUCGAAACAAGGGAAAAUUUGAAUAUGAUCUUUCACCCAGCCGACCACGUCCUAAUAGUCGACCUACCAAGAUUCUCCCUCUCCUUCACGCUCGCCGAAGGCGACUCCAGCAUCAAGUCAAAGCACUACUCCGGCAUGUGCAUCGACCAAUAUCAGAACAUCGGGACGCUAGUCGGUCUCGAAAACAAACUCGUCCUGAGGCAGGAGGGUGUCUUGGAGCCUUGCACACCCCAGAGAAUGGUUCUUGUGCCCCGAGGAGCGCUUUCACCAAGGAUUGUUUCGCAUCAUGUCAAGGUCAACGUCGACCUCGCCGAGACACUUCAUGUCAAGCACGACGCCUUCACCAUCGAUUCCACGCUCGGCCGUAUGACGACAAGCGGCUCGCUUUCGAGUAAACUCUACUUAUGCUACCUCCAUGCACUGACAUCCCACUGUCUCCCGGACCCUCUCACGGGGAGAACGGGAACCGAGGAAGCCUUGAGGAUCCUGAGAUCUGCCUCGGUCCGUUCGUUUCAGCAGUUGGACCCGGGGUCCUACCAACUGCUGUGCAAUAUCGCAAAAGUCUCCCCUCAGAGGCAGUUCUACCCCCGCCAUAUGACGGACAUGGAGCAAGUGCAAUGGUCAGAUAAGCUUCCCGUGCUGUCCCAACACGACGCCUUCUGGCCAGAGGUAGAGACUAUUCUCGAGCAUGCUCGGGACUGCGAGCUUCUCCAGCAGCGCGAUACGGAAGGCGCUAGCUCGCUCAAUUUCAGCUCACUGAAACACUCCAAUGUUCUGUUGGUCAACCGGGCUAGGAAUAGGAACGCAGUGUUCCGUGUUUCUGAAUUCGGAGCGGAGUCUUACACGGGAGCCUUCGACCGCUCAUACUCUGGCCGGCAUCAUGGAAGGUCUUCCGAGGCCUUCAAGAGAGCCAACGCGGUAGCGAGACGUGUUGUUUCUGGCAGCGAGCAACUCCUGAGCCGGCCAUCGGGUACUUUGCACCAAGAUAUCCUGAAGAUCGCCGGAGUGCAGUUCUCGGGCUACCCUGAGGUCGACCUCACCUUCUCGCUCAACCAUCUCCAAUCUCAUCCCAAGUCUUUCGCCCAGCUUUGGUGUGGGUUGCAUGACUCACUUGCAAAGGAACCCAACAAAUACAAAACCGCCUUCUUCCUCGCGGCGCUUGUUUUCGCGGAAGAAGGGAACUGGGACGUUUUGCAAGCACUGAUGGGGAUCGCAAUUGCCUAUGUCAAGUUCAUGCUCAUCGUUAAACCGCCCAGGGAGGACAAAUUUGACCUUGACUACAAAAGGUCCACGAUGAGGCAGACGGUGGAGAACAUUAUCGAGCGACGAUUGUACCAGGUCAACCAAUGCCCCGAAAGUGGGCUCGCUCGUCUAUUUGACGAAUCCAAGAAGGCGGCUUCAAGGAGGCGCCGUGAAGCAUGGUCAAUCAAGAGCGGCCAGAUGACCAGUAGCUUCCUAUCCAAGCUCGAGCCGCAGUGGAAUUCAGGGUGGACGGUUUCGACUCCCGUUGGAGAGGAUUAUUCCACGUACAUGGACGUUGGCAUGAUUAUGCAAGAAGUUUCGACAGCCCUCGACCUCGCGAGACGUACACACCUUUUUACGGUAUACUUGGAAAGUCUUGUAUUGGAGUUGCGUAGAAUGGAGGUGUGUUCGGCAGAAGAUGGCUAUAAUGAAGAGGUUUUGGCCGUGAUGCUGAACGGCCCUACCACUCCCGUGAAGUUGGAACAGCAACCCUCCCAGCUCGGCUUCGUCCAGUCCAGCACAUUAUUCUCCAGGCCAGCUCCUUCCACAGAGCGCCCCGAACUGGUGGACUUUUCCUACCUUUGUGGCCAUGUGUCACAAGCAGUGGGCAAGAGCAAUCCUUUGGCGGAUUUGUUUGACGGACUCUCCCGGAUCAGCGGCCAGAAGAAGCCCUACCAGAUCGCCUACAUCGACGAGCUCCAAUCCAGAUCUGUCAGCACGGCCAGCCCUCGUUAUCAGCUAAACAUGGGGGCAGUUGAGUUGGAGAGCGUCUUCCGGGGCCAUCUUCUCCAGUGCAAACGGGCAGCGGAGAAUAUACGGGGCAACAUCGAAGACGCUCUGCGCGGACAAUCCAUUGCUGAGGCUACUUGCCAGGGGAGCAAUCUGUAUCCUCGCAUUUCGCCUGUUUUUCUGCUCCGGCGUCUCACUUGGGCCUUUUGGGACGAUCUCCCUCAGGAUUGGCGGGCUUGCUUGGUCAACUACGCCUUGUCACUGAUAUACGUCCAACGAGCAGAGCGUCUUAUCAACGCGAGCAGGCGCCCCGAGAGGCAGGCGGAUCUUCUCAAGGAGCUUCGCAACAUGGGAAGCCAUAACUGCGAGGAGGGCGAUCCUAUGAUAUUCCCCGAGAACCUCAUCCUCGAGGUGGAGCAGGGGAUCCUGAUUCGCCCCGUCCAGCAAAGGAUUGCGGCCAAGAUGCGAGACCCCCCCGAGGGAGUCAACGCUGUCAUGCAGCUGAACAUGGGCGAGGGCAAGUCUUCGGUCAUCGUCCCGGUCGUGUCGGUGGACGUGGCAGACGGUGAACGCCUCGCCCGAGUUGUGGUCGCGAAGCCGCAGUCGAAGCAGAUGAUGCACACCCUUAUCGGCACACUCGGCGGUCUGAUCGACCGUCGCAUCUUCUACCUCCCGACCUCGAGAGCGCUUCAACUGGGCAGCGAAGAUGUCACGGCCGUGAAGAGGAUACUGGAGACAUGUAUAAAGGAACGGGGAGUGCUGCUCGUGCAGCCGGAGCACUUGCUGUCUUUCAAACUAAUGGGUUUGGAGAGCAUCUACGCCGGUACAGGCAAGCUCGGCAAGAACAUUCUGAGAACUUAUCGCCAGUUUGAAGAAGUGUCGAGGGACAUUGUUGACGAGAGCGACGAGAACUUCAGCGUCAAGUUCGAGUUGAUUUACACGAUUGGCUCUCAGCAACCUAUCGACAUGAGCCCGGACCGCUGGACCAUGAUCCAGGAGCUGAUGGAUGUGGUGGUUGAGGUUGCUAGGAAGUUGACAAACGGACCAGAGCGAGAGAGUGUCAAAGGCCUAUUGUUUGAAGAGAGCCCGGCGAGCGGCCGGUUCCCAACAAUCCGUGUCUUGGAGGAAUCAGCCGGCAAGUAUCUUGUUGAAGCCAUCGCCAAACAGAUCUGUAGAACAGGGCUCAGGGGUUUCCCCAUCCAACAUCAGUCCAAGCAGAUGCGGCAGGCAGUGUUGGAGUACAUCCUCCGCCCAGCUCUCGACACCGAGCAGAUUGCAGCAGUCGAGGGCGUAAGCAGCGGCUUCUUCGGCGAACCGACAUCGAAAAGCGCACUCUUGCUACUCCGGGGUCUGCUGGCUACCAACGUCAUCUUGUUUGCGCUUGGCCAGAAGCGGUUUCGAGUCAACUACGGCCUCGCUCCUGAUCGACGGCCUUCAACCAUGCUCGCCGUACCGUACCGCGCCAAGGACUCGCCGGCGCCGCGUUCCGAGUUCAGCCACCCGGACGUUGUCAUUGUUCUGACUUGUCUUAGUUACUACUACCAAGGUCUAUCUGACGACGAGCUGCGUACCUGUCUGGAGAGGUUGAGCAAGUUGGACCAAGCAGAACAGGAGUAUAGCCGCUGGGCAGCCGCAGCUCCGAAACUCCCAUCAUCACUGGCUCACUUCUCGGGAGUCAAUCUCAAGGACACCAAGUUGUGUAUACAGGAUGUGUUUCCGGCUUUGAGCUACGCGAAGCCGGCCAUCGACUUUCACCUCGCCAACGUCGUGUUCCCCAAGGAGAUGCGAGAGUUCCCCUACAAGCUCUCCGCCUCGGGAUGGGACCUCGGCAAAACGAAGCGCCACCCCCUGACCGGAUUCAGCGGUACCACGGACUCAAAGUACGUACUUCCGCUCUCGGUGACGGCACUCGACCUUCCCGAGCAGCGGCACACCAACUCGGCUGUUCUAGCUUGCCUCCUCCGGGAGGAGAACACCGUCCUCGAACUCGGCGGUGACGGGGAUCACUUGACGGCAUUGACGGUGGAUGGGCUGCUCACUGCCGUCACCACCGCGAGCCAGCCGAUGCGGGUAAUUCUCGACGUCGGGGCGCAGAUUAUUGAGCUUAGCAACCUCCAGGUCGCGCGCCGUUGGCUCGACAUGGUCCCCAGCCAGGACACUGAUGCAGUCAUCUUUUUCAACGACCACGAUGAGCUGUCUGUGUUGACCCGCAACGGCACCACGGAUCGGUCUUGCAUGCGGAUGCGGAAACUGGGCAACGGCCAGUCCGUCACUUUCUGCGUCUCGCCCGAGAUGCAAACGCGCAUCCGGACGCUCGCCAACCUACAGGACGCCCGCGCCCUCACCGUUACUGACGUCCUAAUCUGCGCCAUCGCCGAGACCUGGGACGACGCGCACCGCAGUCUCCCACUCUGGGCCACCCAAGGCAUCCGCCACCAACAUCAAGAGGUGGUCUGGGAGAAGGCCGACAAGCACAGCGCCGGCACGCUCUCACCGGCCGACGUGGCCAGCUACCUCGAAGACGAAGCGCAGUCCCUCGAGCAGCGCUACCGCCCCACCACCACCACCAUCCCCCAAUCAACCACAACCACAACCACAACCACCCCGACCCAACCCCCCAACGCCGUCCUCACCACCCUCCAAACCGCCCUCACCACCCUCCCGACCCGCCAAGCCGACCUCGAACAGAUCCACACCAAAUGCACCUCCUUCAACCUCACCCACCUCCCCAACACAGGAACCCUGCAAGAAGAGCAAGAGCGCGAACUCGCCCCCGAAACAGAGCGCGAGCGGCACGUCGAGCGCCCCGCGCCGCGCCAGCCCGCCACCCACGCCCUGCACGAGCACGUGCGGCGGCUGGCGGCCGAGGGCGUGUUCACGGGGGAGCGCAGUGCGGCGUUCGUGCCGGCGUUUGCGGCGCUGCUCGCGAACACGAGUGCGGGGUGGUUGUUCUCUGCGGCGGAGAGGGAGCGGGGUGUUUUUCCGAGCGGGUUGUUGGCGACGGCGGAUUUUGCGAGGACGGUGCAGAAGCAGGUGCAGGUUGGUGGUGCGAAUGAUGGGGAGGGAGGGGGGGAUGCGUACCAGAGGCCGGCGCAGUGGGUGCUGACGGUGACGCAGCCUGCGGGUGGUGGGAUGCGGAUGGUGCUGGUGAGCUCGUGGGAGGCGAAUGUGCUGAAGGCGGUGCUGGAGACGGCGAGCCAGGAGGCGGAGCGGAAGAAAUCGGCCGGCGGAGGCGGAGGCGGCGGUAGCAGGGUGUUUCUGCGCGCGUACCUGCCGCGGUCCAGCCUGUCGUUCGACUCGCUUGAGGACCUGGCCGUAUACACGGUCCCGGCGGCGGCGGACCCGCCAGUGCCGCCGCCGGAGCUGGUCACGCAGCUGAAUCUGUUUGCUGGCCAGCUGUACCUGCGCUCGUACGCCGACUACGUGCGCCUGUGUCGGUAUUUGGGCUUGUCGUACAGGGAGAAUGAGGGCGAGGAGGAGAUUGCGGCGGAUGGGUUUGUUGGUCGGGCGGGCGGGGAAGGUUAUGAGGACUGUGAGUUUGAGUCGAGUCCGGUUGGGGUCCUCAAUGUGCUGUUCAAGCGGAUCCGGAGGGAUUGUCUUGAUAUUGAGAAGACGCACAUGGGGAGGAUUCUGGCUGGUGAGAUUUUGAGGGAGAAGGAUUUUGAGGGGGUUGAUGUUAAGAUGGAGGAUGAUGAUGAUGCUGAUGAUGGAGACAUCGCAAUGACGGAGGCCGGUGAAAAGGGGGACGAGGAGCCCUCGGAUAUGAAGAUGGAGGUUGAUGGUGAGUGA